UGGAGAAGAUGCCCCGGCCGGAGCUGCCCCUGCCGGAGGGCUGGGAGGAGGCGCGCGACUUCGACGGCAAGGUCUACUACAUAGACCACACGAGCCGAACCACCAGCUGGAUCGACCCGCGGGACAGGUACACCAAACCGCUCACCUUUGCUGACUGCAUUAGUGAUGAGUUGCCGCUAGGAUGGGAAGAGGCGUAUGACCCACAGGUUGGAGAUUACUUCAUAGACCACAACACCAAAACCACCCAGAUCGAGGACCCCCGGGUUCAAUGGCGGCGGGAGCAGGAGCACAUGCUGAAGGACUACCUGGUGGUGGCCCAGGAGGCCCUGAGUGCACAAAAGGAGAUCUACCAGGUGAAGCAGCAGCGCCUGGAGCUGGCCCAGCAGGAGUACCAGCAGCUGCAUGCCGUCUGGGAGCACAAACUGGGCUCCCAGGUCAGCUUGGUCUCUGGUUCGUCAUCCAGCUCCAAGUAUGACCCUGAGAUCCUGAAAGCUGAAAUUGCCACUGCAAAAUCCCGGGUCAACAAGUUGAAGAGAGAGAUGGUUCACCUCCAGCAGGAGCUACAAUUCAAAGAGCGUGGCUUUCAGACCUUGAAGAAAAUCGAUAAGAAAAUGUCUGAUGCUCAGGGCAGCUACAAACUGGAUGAAGCUCAGGCUGUCUUAAGAGAAACCAAAGCCAUCAAAAAGGCCAUCACCUGUGGAGAAAAGGAAAAGCAAGAUCUCAUUAAGAGCCUCACCAUGCUGAAGGACGGCUUCCGCACUGACAGAGGGUCCCACUCAGACCUGUGGUCAAGCAGCAGCUCCCUGGAGAGUUCAGGCUUCUCGCUGCCCAAACAGUACCUGGACGUGAGCUCCCAGACGGACAUCUCGGGAAGUUUCGGCACCAGCAGCAACAAUCAGUUGGCAGAGAAGGUCAGAUUGCGCCUUCGAUAUGAAGAGGCUAAAAGGAGGAUCGCCAAUCUGAAGAUCCAGCUAGCCAAGCUGGACAGUGAGGCCUGGCCGGGAGUGCUGGACUCAGAGAGGGACCGACUGAUCCUCAUCAAUGAGAAGGAGGAGCUGCUGAAGGAGAUGCGCUUCAUCAGCCCCCGAAAAUGGACUCAGGGGGAGGUGGAGCAGCUGGAGAUGGCCCGGAAGCGACUGGAGAAGGACCUGCAGACAGCCCGGGACACCCAGAGCAAGGCGCUGACCGAGAGGUUAAAGUUGAACAGUAAGAGGAACCAGCUGGUGAGAGAACUAGAGGAAGCCACCCGGCAGGUGGCCACUCUGCACUCCCAGCUGAAGAGCCUCUCCAGCAGCAUGCAGUCCCUGUCCUCGGGCAGCAGCCCCGGGUCCCUCACAUCUAGCCGGGGCUCUCUGGCCGCCUCCAGCAUAGACUCCUCCAACUCAGCCAGCUUCACAGACCUCUACUAUGAUCCCUUCGAGGCACUGGACUCGGAGCUGCAGAGCAAGGUGGAGUUCCUGCUCCUGGAGGGGGCCACGGGCUUCCGGCCCUCGGGCUGCAUCACCACCAUCCACGAGGACGAGGUGGCCAAGACUCAGAAGACAGAGGGGAGCAGCCGCCUACAGGCCCUACGCUCCCUAUCCGGCACCCCAAAGUCCAUGACUUCCCUGUCCCCCCGCUCCUCCCUGUCCUCCCCUUCCCCACCUUGCUCCCCUCUCACUGACUCUGUCCUGACUGGAGACACCUUCCUGAGCCCCCUGGAGUUUGAAGAUCCUGAGCUGAGUGCCACUCUUUGUGAAAUGAGCCUUGACAGUGACCCCCAGGAAAGUUACCGACUGGAGGAACCAGAAACAGAGGACAAGCCAUUGGGCCAAGCUGUGAAUACAACCCAGGGGUGCAGCCUGAAAGUAGCCUGUGUCUCAGCUGCCGUGUCGGAUGAAUCCGUAGCUGGGGACAGUGGUGUGUAUGAGGCUUCGGUGCAGCGACUGGGUGCUUCCGAACCUGCUGCUUUUGACAGCGAUGACUCAGAAGCAGUGGGUGCUACUCGGGUUCAGAUUGCCCUGAAGUAUGAUGAGAAGAAUAAGCAAUUUGCAAUCUUAAUCAUCCAGCUCAGUAACCUCUCUGCUCUGUUGCUGCAACAAGACCAGAAAGUGAACAUCCGUGUGGCUGUCCUUCCCUGCUCCGAAAGCACCACCUGCCUGUUCCGCACCCGGCCCCUGCAUGCCUCGGACACCCUUGUGUUCAAUGAGGUGUUCUGGGUGUCCAUGUCCUAUCCCGCCCUUCACCAGAAGACCUUAAGAGUCGAUGUCUGUACCACUGACCGGAGCCAUCUGGAGGAGUGCCUGGGAGGUGCCCAGAUCAGCCUGGCCGAGGUCUCCCGGUCUGGGGAAAGGUCGACUCGCUGGUACAACCUCCUGAGCUACAAAUACUUGAAGAAACAGAGCAGGGAGCCCAAGCCACUGGGAGCCAUGGCCCCCAGCCCAGGGCCUGAAGUCACGGAUGCCGUGUCGGCUCUGUUGGAACAGACAGCUGUGGAGCUGGAGAAGCGGCAGGAAGGAAGAAACAGUGUCCAGACCCUGGAAGACAGCUGGAGGUACGAGGAGACUCCUGAGAAUGAGGUGGCGGCUGAAGAAGAAGGAGAGGAGGAGGAGGAGGAUGGAGAGGAGGAGCAGGAGGAGGAGGGAGAGGACAUUUUCACUGAGAAAGCUUCACCAGACAUGGACAAAUGUCAGGCCUUAAAGGUGGACAAAGAGACCAACACAGAGACCCCCACCCCAUCUCCCACGGUGGUGCGGCCCAAGGACCGGCGGGUGGGGGCACCAUCUCCAGGGCCAUUUCUUCGAGGGAGUACCAUCAUCCGCUCUAAGACCUUCUCCCCAGGACCCCAGAGCCAAUACGUGUGCCGGCUAAACCGGAGUGACAGUGACAGCUCCACACUGUCCAAGAAGCCACCUUUUGUUCGAAAUUCCAUGGAGCGGCGCAGCGUCCGGAUGAAGCGGCCUUCAUCAGUCAAAUCCCUGCGUGCCGAGCGCCUGAUCCGCACUUCACUGGACCUGGAGUUAGACCUGCAGGCCACCAGAACAUGGCACAACCAACUGACUCAGGAGAUCUCGGUGCUGAAGCAGCUCAAAGAGCAGCUCGAACAAGCCAAGAGCCAAGGGGAGAAGGAGCUGCCACAUUGGCUUCGUGAGGAUGAGCGCUUCCGCCUGCUGCUGAGGAUGCUGGAGAAGCGGAUGGACCGAGCAGAGCACAAGGGUGAGCUUCAGACAGACAAGAUGAUGAGAGCGGCCGCCAAGGAUGUGUACAGGCUCCGAGGCCAGAGCUGUAAGGAGCCUCCGGAAGUGCAGUCUUUCAGGGAGAAGAUGGCAUUUUUCACCCGGCCUCGGAUGAAUAUCCCCACCCUCUCUGCAGACGAUGUUUAAUCGCCAGCAAAGUAUUUCUUUCGUUCCACUGACCAGGCUGUGAACAUAGACUGUGGCUAAAGUUAUUUAUGUGGUGUUAUAUGAAGGUCCCGAAUCCCGAGUCCUCUAGCGCUCUUGUUGGUGUGAAGAUGAACAGAUUUUUUUUUUUUUUUAGUUUGGGUUCUAUUGUUAUUAAAAAACAACAACAACAAAAAACCAGCAUUAAAAUGACAAGAUUGUAUAGUUUGUAUAUUUAGGAAUGUAUUUUUGAGAAAGAAAAUUUAAAUGAACUAUAGCAGUGUUAAGUUGCUGCUCUUAAAAUAAAAUUGUUUAGAUUUUUUUUUUUGUACAGCUCUACCUUCUAGAGGUUUCACUGCAAUAAGAAGUAAUGUCUGGGGGACGGUCAUCCUCAAAGGACGUCCUGCCAGUGUCACAGCACAGCUGACCUUUCCUACUUAACAUAUUUUGUACAAUAUUAAAAAAAAAUGCACAGGAUCCUUCUGGGGGAUUCUGGGGUGCAUCCGAGAGUCUUCAUGAGCUGUGAUGUGGGUUAAUGUGGCCACCUGACCUGGCACGGGCAUGUGGGGCUGGUGACAGCCCGUCCAUGCUGGUCUCAGAUGCCCAGUGAAGCCACUGAAGCGAGUGAGGGAGGGCUGUGGAGGGCUCCUUUUGAUUUUAUCUCCAUCAAUAAAUAAAGUGGCCUUUCUGAAUGAAUUUCCUCUCUUUUUCUCUCCCCCCACCCCAUCCCUGCUUUUUCACUGAUGUUUCACUCUCUCCCUUGCAGUCAUUUCCUUCCUACCUCCCUGAGUCCAGGUGACCUUUUCUCUUCUACCCGUUCCCCUGCCCCUUUGCUCAGGGCUGCUGCAGACCAUCAGAAAUCAGCCUUCAGCAAACAAGUCCCAGAAUCCCCUUCUCCCUCCUUCUUCUGACAUCAUCCUGAAUCACUUUCCUCAAAGGACAUUGCCGCAUCCACCACAUCAGAAAACACUCGAAGCAGCUUGUUAAAAAUACAGACUUCUGGCCCUCUCCCCAGGCCCACUGAACUCCACCUCCCCCACCAGGAUGAGCCCAGAAACCUGCUGUUCACCACAUUCCUGCUGUAAGUCUAAUGCAGUUUAAGGGACUGCAGGGAUAAGCUGGAGGAAACACAGGUGGAGAUCGAAGCAAAAUGGUGAGGCCCUGACUCCUAUUGGCGAGUCACUCGGUGUAUAAGAAUAGACUAGGCCUUUCCAGGCCACCUGGGACCUUUAGGGGAGAGGUGAUGGAGGGAAUGAAGCCCUUUUCACCUGCCUUUGAAGACUGUCCCCUCACCUCUUCACUAUAUCCUUUCCCCAACUAUUUCUCAUGUAAAAGGAACAGAGAGUGGUGUACAAUCCACUGUUACUCUCCCUCGUGGCUUCCAGGCUUUUCAUUGCCAGGCCUCCCACUAUCCAGUCCAGUUUCUCACCACCAACACAUGGCUUCCUCCUCUAUCCCAGCCAACACCAGCCUCUGAUGCACUAUCCCCUUCCGUGAAUGCCUCUCCUACAGGUUGAGAGUUGGCUUUGCAGUUUCUGCAAACGACUAGCAGUGUUGUCCCCAGCUCAACUGGAAUCUCCAAAAGCACAAGGCUGGCAUUCCAUGCUGCUCCUGCCACCCCUAAUCCUGCCCAGCUCAGAGCUUUGAGGCGGCCACUGUUCUUGCUGACCCUGCCCUUCUGUUAAGGUCACCAGCUGUGGUGAGGGGGGCAGAGUGGCCAUCCCCUUGGACUCCAUGAGUAGAUCAAGAGUAGACAUGAGGCCAAACGGAGCCCUUCCCUGGCAUUUCUCUGGUUAGAGACUAGAUUUUCUUUCCCCAAAGGUACCUGUGGUCAUGGUUCCAGCUAUUGGGGACAUCCCUGCAGAGAGGAGCAACUGCAAGAAGUGGGGACAGUAGGGGUUCCCUUGGGGUCUGCAUUAAUUGACACUAGUGGUCGGCUGCAUCCUUGCUCUAUUUGUAGCCUGUUUGCUGAACCAGGUCAGGUGCUCAAGAAAAGUCAGCCACACCUUUAUGCAUGUUCAGCUCUCCCGCCAACAGUCCCUCACACCAGAAGCAGCAGCCUCUGCGAAGCAGAGCUCUACACGCCUCCUAAUGUAUGGGACAAGCUACAUGGAAUAAAUCCUCCUGCCGGAAAGUAUGUCUCUGUCACUGCAACUGAGAGAGCAUUUGUGGAGAGGCCCAGAUCCCCCUCUGAGUUGUGACCUUGAAUUCCAUAGAAACAGUUCUCUGGUCCACCACCAGUGUGUUCCAUUGUUUGCCUGGCAAGAAAAUGAAGAGUAAAUAAAGAAAUUUCCAUUCAUAACAUG